AUCGAGCUUCAGAACGAGACACGAGGUCUCGCCCGUCUCGCUGCCCGUUAUUUUCUAUCGCUCACAUGUCUCUUGCGGUUGUGCGUUAGCAUAUUUUUCUAUUUAUUGUCGUAUUUAUUAAUUUAUUCGAUGAUGAUGAUCGUUACCACGAACGAGGGCAACCCGAACGCGCUGAAGCUGAUUUUUGCACUUCAUUUGGCUCAGAAAGAUUUCACUGUCAAGAUCGUGAAGCCUGGCGAUGUUGUUCUGAAUCGUUUGCCAGCGUUGACUACACCAUCAGGAUUGUAUCUAUUCAGCGUUUCUGCUGCACUGCGUUUUCUGUUGCCUGUACCUAAAGAAUUGGAAGUUUUCAAUGAUAGAUGGUUGGAAUGGGAAAUUUCUCAAUUACAGCCAGCUAUAUUACGCUACGUAAGUGCAAAAUCUUCCAAGACGCCACAAAAAUCUGACUUAUGGUUUUUAAUAAAAGAUCUCAAUAAUGAACUGAAUAACAAAAAGUACUUAAUUGAGAAAUGUAGUAAUUUAUCACCAGCAGAUAUUUCUAUUUGGGUAAGUCUUUGGAGUAUAGAUGAAGAUAUCAUCAAUGAGUUCUCAAAUGUCAAAACCUGGUUAACAGAUAUUCAUCAAUCUUUUUAUGUGCAGGAACAUAUUUCCAGUUCUUUUUGCGACAAGAGUAAAAUAACUAUCGCAAGCAUUGAAGCUGCUUCUUGGUUCCCUGUUAAUACAAUCUCAAAUUCCCAAACUCACGAAUCGAUACCUAAUGACAUUAGUUCAAUUAAGGAAAAAGAAACAGAGAUUAUUAGUCAAGAAGAACUUCAUAAUGUAACAAAGAAUUGGUUCGGUCAAUACCCAGAAGUCAAGGAAAGUUCAUAUCCUAUAUUACCUAAAAAAGAUGAACGAAAUGUUUUGAUAACAUCGGCUCUUCCUUACGUUAAUAAUGUUCCGCAUUUGGGAAAUAUUAUCGGUUGUGUUCUUUCAGCCGAUAUUUUUGCAAGGUAUUGUAGACAACGAAAUUAUAAUACUCUUUAUAUUUGCGGAACUGAUGAGUAUGGUACUGCCACCGAAGCAAAAGCCCUGCAGGAGAAAACGACUCCUCAAGCAAUUUGCGAUAAAUUUUUCGAUAUACAUAAUGAUGUCUACCGCUGGUUCGGCAUCGGAUUUGAUUACUUCGGUCGUACUACUACACCCGAACAGACCGAAAUCGUCCAAUCGUUUUUCCUAAAAAUUAAAUCGCAAGGUUACGUGCUGACCGAAACUGUAGAACAACUCCAUUGCGAAUCUUGUGAUCGAUUUCUUGCCGAUAGAUUCGUAGAAGGCACAUGUCCUGGAUGCAAGUACGAGGAUGCGCGCGGCGAUCAAUGUGAUGGUUGCGGUCAUCUCGUGAACGCGGUUGAAUUAAUAAAUCCUCGAUGUAAGAUAUGUAAUACUAAACCUAUCGUAAAAAACUCGACACAAUUUUUCUUGGAUUUACCCAAGCUGGAAGAAAAGGUGAAAGAAUAUUCCGCUGUCGUAGAAAAAGGGUGGUCUAACGUUGCUAGAGUGGUUUCAAAAGCAUGGCUGCGCGACGGUCUUAAACCUCGUUGCAUAACCAGAGAUUUGAAAUGGGGCAUACCGGUCCCAGUAGAGGGUUUUGAAAAUAAGGUGUUUUACGUCUGGUUUGAUGCCCCUUUCGGAUAUAUCAGUAUUACAAAGAGGUAUACCAAAGAAUAUAAAAAAUGGUGGCAACCUUCUCAGGAUACAAAAAUCGAUUUAUGGCAGUUUAUGGCAAAGGAUAACGUUCCGUUUCACGUGAUAAUGUUUCCCGCUUGCUUGCUAGCUGUUAAUGAAAAUUACACGUUAAUGAAGCAUUUAAUGGCAACUGAAUAUUUAAAUUAUGAGGAUAAGAAAUUUUCCAAAUCUAGAGGUAUUGGAGUAUUUGGAACGGAUGCUAGAGACACGGGCAUUCCAGCAGACGUAUGGCGAUUUUAUUUAGCCUACAUUAGGCCUGAAACUCAAGAUUCCAAUUUUAAUUGGGUAGAUUUAGCCACGAAAAACAAUAGCGAACUGUUAAAUAAUCUUGGCAAUUUUGUCAACAGAGCUUUAGUAUUCUCUGAGAAAUUUUUCAACUCUAACAUACCACCGAUAGAACAGCCGGAAGAGGCUGACUGGACUGUAUUGGCGUUGGCACAACGCGAACUGACGUCUUACUUAAAUGCUAUGGAACAAGCUAAGCUAAGAGAUGGCUUGAAACACAUAUUGGCGAUUUCAAAACAUGGCAAUCAAUAUAUGCAAUCCCAGCAGCCAUGGGUGAAAAUCAAAGGAAAUGAAGAUGACAAGAAAAGAGCCGGAACUAUUGUUGCAAUUUGCUGUAAUUUAGCUUGCCUUCUGUCCGCUCUUUUGGCUCCGUUCAUGCCUGCUACAGCCAAACAAUUGAGAUCUCAACUAGGUUUGAGUAAUAAAAGUUAUGGCUAUAUCCCUGAAACGAUAACAAGUAUGUUACCUACUUGGCACAAAAUUGGCAAACCCACUCCAUUGUUUACUAAGAUUGAAGAUCAAAACAUAGAAAUGUUACGCGAGAAAUACGCUGGACAACAGGAGACCAAUGGGACAGUACAAUUAUCGACGAAUAAGUAUAUCGACAAAAUCAUGUCAUUAAAUGCCGCUAUUAAAAAGCAGAAUGAUCUAGUACACGAAUUGAAAACUAAAAAUGAUGAGAGUGUUUGGGUACCGCAAUAUAACAUUCUGUUAGAUCUACAAAAGGAAUUAGUCGAAAUUCUCAACAAAGAGAAGUCGAUGUGUGAAAAAAAAUCACCCGUGAAAAAUAAGAAGACCGAACCGAUGCACGUGCCGGAACAAAAUGGGGAUGCUUUAACAGACGUAACAGCAUUAGAAUUGGCUAUUUCAAAACAGGGCAAUCUUGUACGAGAAUUAAAAGCGAAAGAAGAUGCAAGUGUGUGGAAACCGCAAGUGGACAUAUUGUUGAAAUUGAAACAUCGUUUGGCGGAUCUCACCGGAACUACGCCAGUCUCUGUUGAUAAGAAAUCUAAAAAGAAAAAGAAGUUGAAGAAGACAUUCUUCUCAGCCGCCAUCUUCAUCUUGCUAUGCGCCAACGAAUACAGUGAGUCAUUCAUCUUUUGGAGAGGCUCAUUCAAUCUGGCCGAUACUAUCGCCGCUGAAUAAUAAUUAUAUACCAGUAGACCAAAGAUCGUUAUCUGAAUGAGGGCAAUUCGACUGGCCGAUUGGUCAGUGAGAAAAGGGAAACCUA